UUUCUCGGAUGCUUUCCCGACUUUUAUUCAUUACAAAGUGGUUUAGACCUAGAUCUUGGUGUGGCUGGUGCCAAUUACUUCUACAUAAUUUGCCCGACAACUAAACUCACAAGCCAUUUCCUAAUUCUGACGCUGAUAUGUCUGAUAUUAUUUCCUCUGAAUUACAGGAGAGUGCCUCCCAACACGCUUAUUUCAUGAAGAAGGCCUUAAUGAUGGGAGAAAAGGCCCUUGAGACUGGCGAAACUCCAGUGGGGUGUAUUCUGGUUUAUGACAAUAAGAUUGUUGGUUCUGGGAUGAACGAUACCAAUAAAUCAAUGAAUGGAACGAGGCAUGCAGAGUUUAUUGCCAUUGAGGAAAUGCUGCAGACUUACCCUAGGUCAGCACUGCGUUCGACAGACCUUUAUGUAACCGUUGAGCCUUGUGUCAUGUGUGCGUCUGCUUUAAGGCAGUAUCGAAUACGGAAAGUAUAUUUUGGUUGUGGAAACGAAAGAUUUGGGGGAACAGGUAGCAUCCUAUCACUACAUUCCGAUCUUUCAUUAGAUCCACCGUACCCUGUGCAUGGUGGAUUGUUCCACAAGGAAGCUAUAAUGCUACUUCGUCGCUUUUAUAUACAGGAAAAUGAGAAGGCACCCAAGCCCCGCCCUAAAAAGCACCGUGAAUUGAAGACAGACUUCGAUAGGGAAGCCCCUCUCACCUCCCCUGCACCCUAGACAGCAAUGGCUUGUUCAUAUUGGAGUAGCUAUGCAUCGAAGCGAACUGAAGCAGGGUCCUUUCCGAUCUGGUUUAGAGUAGAUUAGGGGAGAUGAAA